CGCUCUUCCUCUUGGACACAGGGAAGAAGCCUUUAUAUAUAGAUGAGCUAUGCUCUGGUACCCGGUCAUCUGAAAUACAACAAGCCCAAACAUCGAGAGGGAGGCAGAUCCUCUCUCGCCACCUUCUAGCAUUUGUCAUAUCCUGUUAAUAUCCAUCAAUGGGGAGGCCUCCUUGUUGCGACGAGAAGGGCCUCAAGAAAGGCCCCUGGACACCUGAGGAAGAUCAUAAGCUCAUGAACUAUAUCCAAAAGCAUGGCCAUGGAAGUUGGAGGGCACUACCUGAACUAGCUGGCCUGAACAGAUGUGGCAAGAGCUGUAGGUUAAGAUGGACAAACUACCUCAGGCCAGACAUCAAGAGAGGAAAGUUCUCCAAAGACGAAGAGCAAACCAUCCUCCAGCUCCAUUCCAUCCUGGGCAACAAGUGGUCAGCAAUUGCGAAAAACCUCCCUGGACGGACAGAUAACGAGAUCAAGAACUUCUGGAACACCCACCUCAGGAAGAAGCUCAUUCAGAUGGGUAUCGACCCAAUGACCCACCGCCCAAGAACAGACUUCUUUGCAGCGCUUCCACAACUAAUCGCGCUUGCCAAUCUCCACCAGCUCAUUGAGCAGCAACAAUGGGACGGCCACACUACAAUGUCACAGACUGAGGCAGUCCAGGCUGCCAAUCACCAGUACAUGCAGACAAUGUUUCAGACUGCAGCGUCCAUUACACCCAACCCCACCACAAUUAGUAGCCUCACAGCUGACCUAGAGCAGAUCAGCCACCUUAACCCUCAGCAUAUGCUUUCUUCAACUCUUCUUGAGAGUACUGGCGGAGAAGGCGUAGCCAGGCAGGUGCCGCACAACCAAAUGCCACACACUUUCUUUGAACAACCAGUUAGCAAUAUCAACCUGAGUUCAGAUAACAAUGUGAGCAGCAGUGAGCAGUGCCAUGUUGAGGGAGGAAGCAGUAGCCGGAAAAGUAUGUUGCCAUCUGACAACUCACUACCACCACUCACGGACAUGUCGGCCUCCAAACCUUGCUAUGCUAUCAGCACCACAAAAUGCGGUGCCAGCAGUACACUAUCACCUAGUUGGUCAGAGAUACUUCUUGAUGAAGAGCUCAUGAGAGAAUUUGAAUGAAUUCCUGAGCUUCAGUUGUACACUACCCUUUGGCUUGUACCUUUAAGAUUUUAGGCCUAAAUAGAUCUGUGCAUUUGUUGAUUCGUAAAGAAUUCGAUGCAUGAGUCUACACAUGUAUACUUGUAAAUAUAAAGUACAUGUAAAAGUUACUCCGACAUGCUUUGGCUUAA